UUCAAAAUCAGGUAAAAUGGAAACCAAAGUCUCCAUCAAUAAUUGCAAAGGCUAUGUCAUCAUGAUGAUGGUCUACUCCUGACUUGGGGUUCUUACUCUCUUGUUCCAGCUUUGGUAUUCAGUCAGGUUUUUCAAAUUUUAUGGCUUCAAACACAAACUCACAAGUAUGUUUAUGGUCUUUCUGACUUUAUCCAUUAUCUGAGACAUCACCUAUGGAGUUUCCCAAGUGGUUAUCAGAUAUUCGGAUGGCUGAGAUGAAAUCAAGCACAGUUGUGUGUAUUACUGGACUAAUUGGAAGAACUAUUUUAUGUACAUGAACACGAUUAUAGUGCUUUCAUUCACAUACAUUUCUCAAAUACUCAGAUUUAAAAAUAGAGGAAGGAGCAAGAAGCGUGUUUAUAACAUUAUGUUAUGGACCACCAUGCUUGCUAUUCUGUUGAUAUGAGCCAUUAUAUUUCUUAUCGAUGGUAUAAAGGAAUGAAGAAAAGACCCAGACAAGACUACGCUGUUCACAUCAGGGAUUAUAGUCGUGACUGGAAUUCAUAUGGUAACAGGCUUCUUCUUCAUGAUAACCUUAUUUUACUUCUAUAAAGUUCUCAAGAGUGUAGACGAAAGCCAUCACGAAACAACACUGAGUAAUAAACUCAAAUGGAGAUUAGCAAUUAGCGUCACAGUCAUUGUUGUUGUGUUUGAAACUAGAAGUAGCAUGAUUUUGGCUCGAAGUAUCAAUGACUUUUUAGAAAAUUGGACAAAUGAUUCCAUGAAAAAUAAUGGAACUUUGUAUGUUAUUUACAGUUUUUGCUAUUAUUGCAUACUGAGCUUGAUUCCAACGAUGGUUCAGAUCUAUUUGAUAAAGUUGAGUCUAUCUACAACUCCAAGAGUUAGCGUUGGAGUAGAUGAAUAUCAUGGUCAAUCAGAGCCUUUGAUUCCCAAUAAUUUUGAAAUGCACUCAAGCCAAGAGAGUGAAUCAAUUAGAACAGUGGAUUUUAUGGAGCUCAAUUAUAAUACUUCUUAAGAUUUACCCAAUUUUCAA